AUGGAAGACUUUGAAGGGUCGAUGUCUGACUGCAGUGUGGAUUCUAAUGAGCUGCCACCAAUGCCGCCAUUAAUUAGGAUCAACAGGAAUAUAUCCGAAUAUGGCACACUUUCUGCUCAGACAUCUUCCGACUCACUUAUCACUGGCGUUGAUCAACGUAUGCAGAAUGCAGUAGCAAAGGCGUUGUCCGACUUAGAUCCAGAGGACACGCUCUCUUUCCACAAAGAAGAUACUUCCGAGGCACCGACUGUACCGCCUUUGGCGAGACGAACUAAAAAAGGAGGUAGUUCAGCAAGUUCUUUAGAUCAUUAUGAAAUUUGUAUAUCAUCCCAAAGUAAAAGUGGACAAGUCUCGCACGAUGAAAGGAAAGGCGCUCGCCCUGGAAAAUCUUUUAAAUUGGGAUACGGAGACGACUCGCCUUCCAAGUACAGUGGUAAUGCCGACCCGGAACUGCCUGGACAACCAGUGCUGAUAUCGACGGCGAAUACAUCUUUCUCCAGUUAUCCGUUGGAUCACAGUAGGCUCUCUGAAACGGGAAAAAUGGAGAUAUCGGAAGAAGGGGGUGUAAUCGACACGCAGGGAGUACCCGGACAUGAUAUCAGACAUCACCCCAUUGGGUCUCAGAGUACCGCUAUGGUUCCGGAUCAUGGAAAACGUUCUAUUGAUAAAGCGCUACACAAGUGUCGCGAGUGUCCCAGACAGUUCAAGAGCGCAUUUCAUCUUCGUCGCCAUGAACGUGAUCAUACUGCAGAGCGAUCAUUCAAGUGUGAUGUAUGCACCAAAUACUUCUUUCAUUCAUGGAGUCUAAAAGUACACAAACGUUUUCACACCGGAGAGAAGCCUUUUGCGUGCAAGGUUUGUCAAGCAUCGUUCCAGACAUCAUCAGGUCGAAGUAAGCAUGAACGUGUUCACACGGGGAAAAGGCCGUACAAGUGCGAGACAUGUGAAGCAUCGUUCAAGCAAUCGUCACAUCUUCGUGAUCAUGAACGCAUGCACACAGGGGAGAGACCCUACAAGUGCGAGACAUGUAAAGCAUCGUUCAAGCAAUCCACACAUCUUCGUAAUCAUGAACGCAUGCACACAGGGGAGAGACCCUACAAGUGCGAGACAUGUGAGGCAUCGUUCAAGCAAUCCACACAUCUUCGUGAUCAUGAACGUAUUCAUACUGGGGAGAGGUCUCACCAGUGCAAGGUAUGUGGUGCGUCGUUUCGGUGGUUAUCAACUCUACGUUCUCAUGAACGCGGCACGCAUUGA